UUCUCGUUCCGCUUGGUUUUUCUCGCAGAGCCCGCGCCGUCAAAACACCCACGCUCCCCUGCUCGCUCGCGCCAACACGUGUAGGAGACCCGGAGAAGGAGCUAGAGAAGAAGAGUCCAGAAGCCUCGGAGAGCCACAGAGCGUAGCUAGCUAGCCUCCUCGGUUUCUAUGGGGGCGGGGAAGGAGGCUCCCGGCGGCGUCGACGGCGCCGCCGAGCCGCCGCCGCCGGUCGUGCUCAAGAUGGUCUUGCAUUGCGCCGGCUGCGCCAAGAAGGUCCGCAACAGCAUCAAGAGCAUGCCUGGCGUGCAGGCGGUGGUGGCGGACGCGGCGUCGAACAGGGUCGUCGUGGCGGGGACGGCCGACGCGGCCGCGCUCAAGGCGAGGAUCGAGUCCCGCACCAAGAAGCCCGUCGAGAUCGUCUCCUCCGGCGCCGGCGCCGGCCCGGCCAAGCCCCCAGCAGCCCCCGCCGCGGCCGAGAAGAAGAGCCCCGACAAGGAGAAUCCCGACAAGGGGGGCGGCGGAGCCGACAAGGGGGAUAAGCCCGGCUCCUCCAAGCCGCAGCCGCCCAAAGAGGAAGACGCGGCGAAGAAGCAACCGCCCACCCACACAGAGGAGAAGAAACCCACGGAGCUCCAGGAGACCACGGUGCUGCUCAAGAUCCGCCUCCACUGCGACGGCUGCGCCGACCGCAUCAGGCGCCGAAUCUACAAAAUCAAAGGGGUCAAGCAUGUGGAGCUGGAGGGCAAUGCCAAGGACGAGGUGAAGGUCACGGGGACCAUGGACGUCCCCGCCAUGGUGGCGUAUCUCACGAAGAAGCUCAACCGCGCCGUCGAGGCCGUCGCGCCCGGCAAGAAGGACAAGGGCGGCAGCGACGAGAAGAAGGACAAGGGCGCCGGCGACGGCGAGAAGAAGAAGGACAAAGCGGCGGGCGGUGACCACGUCGUCAUGAGCCAGGACAAGGGGAAAGGCAUCGAGGUGACGGGCCCGUCCAUGGCGUCCGCCGCGGCGUCCGUGGCGCCCGCGCCGGUCCAGCCGAGGACGCACCACGUCUCGCCGUACGGCCAAGUCCCGUACCCGCAGCCGCAGGGCCCCCCGCCCAGCUACUACAGCCCCUAUGGCGGCAAUGCCGACGGCGCGGGGUACGCCGGCGCCGGCGGCUACUACCAACAACAACAGCACCCCAGCGCGAACUCCGGCGGCUACUACCAGCAGCAACACCCGGGCGGCGAAUCCGGCGGCUACUACCAGCAACCAAGAGAGGCCGGCGGCUACUACCAGCAGCAACACCACCCCAGCGGCGGCUACUACCAGCAGGAGAACCCCAACCCCCAGGCGUACCAGCCGUCGUACCCGCCGCCCUACCACUUCGACACGGCGCCGCCUCCGCAGAUGUUCAGCGACGAGAACCCCAACUCGUGCUCCGUCAUGUGACGUGACCCGCCGCCCGAAAACUCAUUCAUCAGCGCCGACGACCUGCGCCGUCCGGCCGGCCGGGAGAAGAGCAAUGCUGACAUAGUAGCAGACAGCGACGAGGCUCUCCACUAGCUUAGCUUAGCUCUAGUUACGCGGAUCAGAGGCAUCCAUCCAUGAACCGAUGCGUGCCUCCGAUCAAAUUUUGGUUCCCCCUGCCUUUCCUCCGCUGUCUCUGCAGCUGAUCGACCAUUGUUCGUUCCUGCCACGAGCUCCAUUGGUUAAUUAAUUUGAUUUUAACCCA